GCAGCUGGGCCCGUCCUGGACCCCCAUCAUCAUCCUCCUCCUCCUCCUCCUCCUCCUCACCCCCCAUCAUCAUCCUCACCCCCCCAUCCUCGGGCCUCCGCCUCAGCGAACAACCACAACCACGGGCCAGAGAGCCGCCGCGGACACCCGUCGGCCGUCCCUUCGAUCCCACCCCGGGAGGCUCCGCCAUGUUCUGGAAGCCCCUCGGCUCCGCGCUCCCGGCCGGGAACUUCUCCGACUGCCCCAACGGAUCCCUGUGGGUGUGGGACGUGUUCAGAGAGUGCGCUCGGGACGGCCGGGACUUCGCCAGUGUGGUCCUGGGCCUGGCUUCCAUCCUCUGCUUUGCUGGCGCCUCCUUUCCCCAGUACUUCCAGGCCUGCAAGACGGGCAAUAUGGACCAGGCCCUGUCCGUGUGGUUCCUCCUGGGCUGGCUGGGUGGAGAUUCCUGCAAUCUCAUUGGGUCCUUCCUCGCCGAUCAGCUGCCACUGCAGACAUACACCGCUGUGUACUACGUGCUGGCCGACCUGCUCAUGAUGUCCCUCUACUUCUAUUACAAGUUCAAGAACCAGGGCUUCUCACGAUCGGCGCCCAUCAACACCGCCUUCCUGUUCAUCUUCUUGGGGAGCGUAUCAGCCGCCCCAUUCCUGGGGACCUCCAGUCCCCCAGCCCUAGGAGAUGCCUCCUUCAGGGGCCGGACGCUCCUGGCCAUCGGGUCUGAGCCGGGCAAUAAGCCCUUCACCCAGAAAGAGAUCAUUGGCUUCGCCAUCGGCUCAAUCUCCAGCAUGCUCUACCUGCUGUCCCGCCUGCCGCAGAUCUACACCAACUUCCAGAGGAGAUCGACCCAGGGCAUCUCGUACUCGCUCUUCGCCCUGGUGAUGCUGGGGAACACCCUAUACGGGCUGAGCGUGCUGCUCAAGAACCCCGAGCCCGGGCAGGCCGAGGGUAACUACGUCCUCCACCACCUGCCCUGGCUGAUUGGCAGCCUGGGCGUGCUGCUGCUGGACACCAUCAUCUCAAUGCAAUUCUUGGCGUACCGGCAAAGCCGGUUGGAGCAGCAUGAGAGAGAACCCCUCCUGGGCAAGGUCGCAAGCUGACCGGGAGCCCGGGAGUCGAGCCGAGGACGACAAGGGAACAGAGAUGGAGAAGGGAAGGCUGGGGAAGGGAUCAGGGCACGAUCGAAGCCCAGGCCGGGCCCGUCCUGGUGCCGAAAGACACGAAGACUCUUCCGCAUCCUCCCGGCUUCGUACCACACCUGUGAACUCACCGCUCCCAGGAGGGAGCCGGGACUGAACCUCCAGAGCUGCUCUCGACGAUUCUAGUAUCAGGCCGAAGGCGGCAGCUCGGCCUCCGGAUGAAUCCCAACAAGGGGGCUGGUCUCCCUGCGCCUCGGUUUCCCUCAGAGCCAGGUCACGCUUGUGGGAGAGCAGGCCGGGCUUGGGUCGAGCCGGAAAAGCCGAUCACCUCAGCCCUUUCCCUAGCCCGGCUCGCAGAGCCCCUGCUCGACCAACCCACUCCUCUUCGUUUUAUCUGGUGCUGAGCCGAGUAAACUCCACUUUCAUUCA